CCGACAACAUACGGCAUCUCCAACGAACUCUCUCCCUUGCUUGCCUUCGAAGCUCCGUUCUCUCGCUUGCCAUGGAGGAGGAGGAGGACGAGAUCCACGAGCACGCGACCCGGAGCCCGCCGAGCACCGGCCUUGAUGCAGGCGGCGGGGAGACGAGCAUCGACAUCACGGCGCUGGACGGCAUCGUGAACGUGAACGCCAUCUUAACCCUCGCCAUCUUCGUCGGCCUCGCCUGGAACCCCUCCUCCUCCGGCGCCGGCGACGAAGGACUCUCACCGCCCAUCUGCGUCGCCGGGGCGCAGGUGGAGAAGGACCUCGUCUCCUUCCAUGUCUUCGCCUUCGCCUCCUUCCUCUUCUCCAGCCUCGUGGCCCUCUGCCUCAAGCAAGCCGUCCACCUCGCCGGCCCGCACGGCCGGUCGGCGCGCGUCAACAGGGCGCUCCUGCGCGCCGGGAUCGUCGCCUCCGCCGUCGGCUCCGUGUUCGGGUGCGGGUUCCUGAUGCUGGCCCUCGUCAACGUGGUCCAGAUCAAGCUGGGGACGCUGGGGUGCAGCGGCCCCGCCCUGGGCGCCGUAGUGCCGCUCGUCACCCUCAUCCCCGCCGCCAUGCUCAUCUACUCCGCCAUCGUCUUCUACGCCUUCACUCGCUGAACUCGUCCAAUCUACUCACAACCCAUUUCGAGUACUACGAUUUGGAUCGAUCAGAAGCUUCAGAGGCAUCGAUGGAUGGAUGGAUGGAUGGAGGAGGGCUAACAUAGAAAUCUCGGCUACCAUAAUGCACGGAUGAGCCAAAACACGAUGACUCGGUGGAUUCGAUCGGAUGGAGUAGCUUCACAUCCCUUUCGUUGGUGCCAUGAGAUCUGCCAUCUGCAAGUUGUAACACCAUUGAUUAGUCUCACAUCGAAAGUGGACAAGAUUAAGAUUAACUUAUAACGAUCUGAUGAGUAUAUUAUUAUUAAUUUCAA